AUAGCAGUUCCAGUCAACUUCCUUCUGCUUGCAGCUGUUGUCCUUGCAGCCAUGGCUGAAAGCAAAGAAUCCAAGCAGCGCCUGCAGAAAGUCUUUCAAUGCGGACAGUUCACCAUCCACUGGGGCUUUAUCCCAAUGUUCCUGUAUUUAGGAUUUAAAAGAGGAGCAGAUCCAGGAAUGCCAGAGCUCACCAUACUAAGGCUCCAAGCACAUUUAAACUUUCCCCCUCCUGCAGAGAAAAACUCCCCCCCCCCCAAUGAGGACAGGCAUGUUUUGGACUGAAAUGGCAGGAUAUUUCAGAACUAAGGUGGCUAUACGCUAGCUGACCUUGUAGCAAGUGAUGAUCGUCUACUUGCCCUGAUAGCCUGAACAAUUGGUGGAGAGUAGCUGCAUCUUCUUAUUUCUUCAUAUGCCCCCCUUGAUGACGUGGACUUCCACUCAGAGCUGUGGAGUCGGCAGCAAUUUUGGGUAUCUGGAGUUAGAGUUGCCAAAAAUGUACCGACUCCUAAUGACUAAAUGCAAGCACUAAAAUUAAUCAAAUCAGAUUUAAGAGCUUCUAUGAAGGAGGUUUUGGUAGAAGCAAUUCUGUUUCUUAGAAAAAUACUUUAGUUAAAUUUGGAUUGUAUUUUACAGAUAUUCUACAGCUACUGUAUAUGCCAGGUUCAAUUAAUGUAUAUGUUGUUUUAGGUUUUUUGAAUUGUUUUUGGUUUAUGUAAUUUAACUUUGAUUUAGGUUUAGGAUGUGGUUUAUAUUUAUGCGCUUUGGCAGUGAUGAAAUACCUUGUAUGCUGUGUACUUAACUUUCAAUCAACAUGGAAAAUACAUUUAAAGGAACAGUAAUGCCAACAAUUAAAGCGUUUUGAAGUAAUUAACAUAUAAUUCACUGUUCGUAUGCGCUGGUAAAAGCUGUGUGUUUGCUUCAGAAAGACUACUGUAGUUUUUAUAAUCAAGCCGGCUUGUAGCCAUGGAGUCAGUCAUUCAAGAUGCUAGGAGAAAGAAGAAAAGGCACAGGUUACAUAGCAUAUAACAGAUAAUCCC